GAUGUCCCCCUCCUCUGUAUUCCUGGUAUUCCACACGGGAGGAUCACACCAUCCCUCACCAUCAUCAGGUAGAUGGGACUGUAGGUAUAAAGCACAGAAGAGGCCCCAAAUUGUAUACAGUUAUGUAUCUUUUUUUAGUUUCAGUAGUUAUGUUCUAUUAUUUUGGGCUUAGAGUGAAGACUUGAUUCAUUCAAGGGUUGAAGUUAAAGCAGAAGAAAAGACUUAUGUAAAGGGUAUUCAACGAUCUACAGAGAAGGUCGGGAUAAUGGUGACAGCUAAAGAGGAACAUUCUUCUCUAGAUAUCAGCUCAGCAGAUGGACCUGAUGCCGUAAAUAGCACUGAAGAACAUAUUUUGUCUUCCUCAGAAGAUAACACAAAAGAUAACCGGAUGAUGCAAAAUUGUCCAGAAGUAAAGAACAUAGCUCAAAAUAAACAUCACAGAAUUUACAGGGCAGAAACAUCAACCAAUCCUUUUAAUACUCCUUCUCAGCAAUUACAUACCACCACCCCAAAUGUAUAUCCAAUAAUUCACAGCGUGGACACAUCCGCAGACCCCUCUAUUCCUGAAGACCCUUCUGAUAAGUCACAUGCUAUUUCGCAGAAUAUCGUUUCAAAAACUCACAUCGCAGAUAAGUCACCAGAUCCUUCAAAUCCUGAGACAUCUUCUCAUGUUAUCCAGAAAGCUGAGGCCAUUUCUCCACCUUCUAAGGGUAAAAAAUGUUCAACGUCAUCAUCAACUUUUACGAUACAUCAGAAGGCAAACGAGCGACCAUUUUCAUGUUCUGACUGCGGGAAAUGUUUUAAGACAAAGGGACAUCUCGUCUUUCAUAAAAAAAUACACACAGGGGUGCGACCCUAUCUAUGUUCAGAGUGCGGGAGACGUUUUAUAUCGAAGUCAGGUCUUAUUAGACAUUUAAGCCAACACACCGGAGUGCGGCCCUAUCCUUGUACGGAAUGUGAAAAAUCUUUCGUAGGGAAAAGCGACCUUCUCAGCCAUUUGAGAUUUCACACAGGAGAGCGUCCUUACGUGUGCACAGAGUGCGGUCAGUCCUUCAUGCAGAGCGGUCACCUGAAAAAACAUCUCAGAAUUCACACGGGCGAGAGACCUUUUUACUGUUCUGUGUGCGGGAAAAGUUUUUCGUGGAAAGAUACGCUUAACAAACACCAGAAAACGCACAUGGCCAAAAAAACAUACACGUGUAGGGCGUGCGGAAAGGUUUUUCCAUUUAGAAGCAUGCUUAUCCUACAUCAAAGAACCCUCACAGACGAGCAGCAAGCAAAAUCUGAAUGUGGGAAUUCCUUAAAAGCAAAAUCAAGUUUUACAGAAAAUCAAGGUGAUCACACGGCCGAGAAGACCCUGUCAUGCUCUGAGAGCGAGGAAGUGUUUAGAAAGAAGCCAGACCUUGUUGCUAACCAGGAAGCUCACUCCACCAAGGAGCCCUCUGAGCAAGCAAAACGUUCCUCACAGAAGAAAAGCCCUGAUGCCCUUUUUAAAAACCACACCGUAGAGAAGCCGUUUUCCUGUUCAGAGUGCGGGAAAUGCUAUAGCCAGAAAGGACACCUGAAAACCCACCAGAGGAUUCACACAGGCGAGCUUCCGUAUAAAUGUUCUGAGUGCGGGAGGAGUUUUAAUGAGAAAAGAUACCUCGUUAACCAUCAGAGAAGUCACACCGGCGAGCCUGCUUUUUCGUGUUCAGAGUGCGGGAAAGGAUUUAAUUGGAAAGAGAGUCUUAUGAGGCACUUAAAAUUUCACAGUGGAGUGCGGCCACAUUCCUGCUCAAUCUGCGAAAAACGGUUCACCCUGAAAGGAGACCUUCUUAGACACCAAAGAACCCACAUGGACAAGGUUCUUCCGUCAUAGACAUCUGAGAACUUAGAGGCAAAUUUUUUCACUUUAGGACAACACAGAAGCCCACAUAAAUAAACUUCAUCUUUCUUGGACACCA